AGAUAUAAUGCAUUUGAGUGGUUUGAUUCUAUCAGAUUCUGAUUUUCUGAACUGUCACUUUUCCUCCCAAAUUAAGUAACACAUGAUUGAUUUCAAGAGUACAAUUUCAUUUCAAUUACCUUUGUUUUCCCUCAGUCUCACAAUGGAAUUGUACAAAAAACUUGAAUUCUGGGGUUUCAAUCUUGAAGUAUGAAAUUUUAUACUUUGAAUGAUGAAUAAUUGCUUUGGAAUUAUAAUUUGACAACUAAAUUCUUAUCCAAAAUGGCCUGGAUUGCACUUUAUUUCUGUUUUUUAUUUUUUAUUUUUGCUCAGCAGAUCAAGGCACCACCCACCAUUAUUAAGCAUAUAUGAAGAAGGAGAACUAAUUGAAGGGUUUAAUCCGAGACUUUAUAUAGUGUUGUUAGUUAAGCGGUUAUGGUAUUUUUUGUAAUCUCUCACAGAUGACAUGUUAUUGUCCGUCAAAUCAUCAAGAUGACAUACCACUGCAUAAUUUAUAUCUUUCGUAAUGCUGUUUGGUUUACUUAACAAGUCUGGAGUCUAUAGCCUUUGCUUUGUUCUACCACUGACAGUCUAAGAAAAAGGAAUGGUGUUGUCACAAAGCCAAAUUGCCAACUCAAAAAGCUUAAUUCACACCCUCACACACAGUCAGCAAGAUCUAAGCAAGCAGACAAUGCAAGGUUGUAUGAUUGAAAUGCUGACCCAACUGAUUCUACUAUUUUACUUGCAUUAACCAAUUUCACAAAGAGUAUGAUUUCUUUUUCUUUUUCUUUUUCUUUUUUGUUUUUUUCCUUUUUUUCCUUUUUUUGUAAAAGGUUCCAAAGUUACUUCAGAAAUGAAAAAAGAUUGAAUGCUUGAAUAACUUGAUGGUCUUGUGAAACCUUAAAAACAGAAGACUCGAACCUUUCUGCAAUUGUCUUUUCUAAAAGAAACCAGUCACACCAUCACCUUCCCAGCACCAAUAUUUGUUUAUGGAAUUGUGUGCUUUUUAUUCAUGUGGAUGAGGCAUGCCUGACUUAUCCAACUAAAGUUUAAGAUCCACCAACCUACCUUUCUCCUCCUUAUAGAUACAUUUUCUGAAUCCAUGGCUAGAACCAUCACUCUAAGACUCCGACAACCUCAGAAUAUUCUGGGAAUAGAAAGCAAAGCAGAAUCACAUCAGAGCAAUAGCAAUUCAUCAAAUAUGAAGAAACAGGUGGCAUGUGUUAUUGGAACCCUGGUCAGCUCACCGGUAGCAUAUCUGGAUGAGAGGGAACCAAAAAGAAUUUUACAGGACCCUUCUACUGCUAGUGCUAGUGCUAGUGCUAGUGCGUAUAAAGUAGAUAGGAUGGAGAAAUUUGAAAGAAAAGAAGGCAAUCUUGCAAGUGGCAUCCAAGAGCGCGUGAAAUUGGGACCCAAGAUCACUGAAACUGUGAAGGGGAAACUGAGUUUGGGGGCUAAAAUUAUUAGAGCAGGCGGUGUGGAGAAGAUUUUCAAGCAGAAUUUCAGCAAUAGAGAAGGAGAGAAGUUGCUAAAAGCUUCCCAAUGCUAUUUAUCAACAACAGCUGGUCCUAUAGCAGGUCUCCUCUUCAUCUCCACUGACAAGGUUGCCUUCUUCAGCGACAGAUCCAUCAAAUUGUCUUCUCCAAUCGGCGAGUUUAUUAGACUUCGUUACAAGGCCGUGAUCCCCGUUAGUAAAGAUAAAGAGAGCCAAUGAAAGCCAAAAUAUGAAGAGACCGUCACAGAAGUACAUAGAAAUAGUUACUGUGGACAAUUUUGAUUUCUGGUUCAUGGGAUUCUUGAAUUAUCGUGGAACUUUCAAAUAUCCUCAACAGACGCUCUCUCAGGCUCCAUACUUACAACUCGAUCAGAAGUGAUUAAAUAGAUGUAUUCCGCCUCUGCCCCUCCUGCUUUUGGUACAAUGGAAAACAAUAUGGAAUUGGUGUCAAAUAGCUAAAAUGCCACAUCAAAAUCUUUGAGUCACUCACACACACACUAGUUCAAAUUCAACAUGUGAAAAAUUGUGAUGCGCUGAUGGGGCAAUGAUGUCAAGAUUCUCUUUCCCAACUGACUAUAAAAUUGAGCAUGGAAUUGGAUAAUCAUCAGCACGUACCUACGAACGUAGUAGCAUACAAGUCUGGCUUUAGAUUCAGUCGCUGAUUCACUUGGUCAUGUAUAAAUCAUUGCAAAAUACACAGUUUUACCCAUCAUUCUACACUUCACCUUUGGCUGCAUACACCUCUGACAGUGGAAGAGAACAAUCCAAGGAAGAAAUAGACAGCUUUAAAUUCAAGUGAUUCAUCAAGCUUGUAUAUAUGAAGAAGCUCCUAAUGGAACAUGUUAUUGGAAUUCCAGUGAGCUCUGUAAAUCUUCAGUUCAAAAGUCACCAAAAAGCCUUUUAUGCAAUCCCGAUAGCCAAUACCAUAUUCCCCCUCCUCCAAAUGGAUCUCUCAAAUUCAAAAAGAUAGGUACAGUGAUUGAUAAGAUGAACAAGCUUGGAGAAAAAGUAGACCAUCUUGUCAAUGCAUUCAAGAUCACGUGAGAUUAGAGUCCAAUAUCUCGGAAACAGUGAAGGGGAAGUUGAGAUUGGGCGUAGUUGGGGUGAUGGAGAGGAUCUUCAAGCAAAAUUUUAACAUCACAGAAGGAGAAAAGUUGCGAAAGGCUUGCCAAUGCUAUUUGUCAACAACAUUGGGUCCUAUGCAGGCCUCCUUUUUAUCUCAACCUACAAAGUUGCCUUUUGCACUGAGAGAUCCAUCAAAUUGUCUUCACCGAAUGGGCAGGCAGUUAGAAUCCAUUACGAAGUCUUGAUCCCACUUGUAAAUAUGAAGGGAGCCAAUGAAAGCCGAAACACAAAGAGACCAUCACGUGUAGUACAUAGAAAUAAUACAAUGGACAAUUUUGAUUCUUGGUUCAUGGGAUUCAUGAAUUAUCACGGAACUUUCAAAUGUCUUCAACGGGCACUCUCUCAGGCUCAAUACAAUGCUUACAAAUUGAUCAGAAGUGACUAAACAGACCAACCCGCUGGCUUCAUUAGAUGUGUAUGCAUUAUGAUACCAAAGCUGUAUAAUAACAAUUUUGUACAAAUUUGUAACUUAAGGCUUUUGCGUCAAUGGAAAACAAUUUCUCAGUAAAUGGGUCAUUGACGCUGUUCGAUAUAUAUCAUUUUAU